AUGGAAGAGGUCGAGGAAACAAAGCCUCAAAAAAGGCAGCACGAUAAAGUGACUUUAGAGACUGUAAUUCCUCCACUACCAUCUAAACCAGAACGAAUUCCAGCUCCAGACCAAAUAAAGCUAGAACGUGAUAUCAAGGCAAUAGAAAGGGAUAUUGAAAAAUUAAAGUCACAGAAAGAAGCCAUUCAGAACAUAAUCACACUCAAAAAAGAAGGUGGCAAAGCUGAAAGCAAAGAUGUCUCUGUCCAGGAAGACAAAAAAUCAAAAAUCAGUAGCAUAAAAGAUUGGAGAGGAGAACUCAAUCGCUUGCAUGAGCGAUUCAACGCUCUUAAAGAAGAGUACUCAAACCUUAUUGAGGAUAAUAAAAGAAUCAAGCCAAAAAUCCAACUUUUCGACGAAGAGGACAUUGAUAAGACUAUUGAAGAAAUUGAGGUGAAGCUUGAGACGACUACUAUGCCUCUUCCAGAAGAAAAAAAGCUUAUACAAAAGUUAGGACUUUUGAAACAAUCAAGACCCCUUGCUACUGAAUAUAUCCAAUAUUAAAUAAAGUAUUAUACGUUUUUUAUCUGUUAUUUUGCCUUAUUUAAUUAUAAAUAUGCUAGAAUUCUGAGAAAAAAUAUUAAAUUUGAAUAAAAUAUCAUAAAACCAGAUCAGCAAGGAUCGCAGAACUAAAAAAAGAAAAAGAUUCAACCUGGGCCCAAAUUGAAGCUCUCAAAAAGCAAGUCAUCGACACAAACGCUGAAAUCGGAAGCAUCACAGCUAGACUUAAAGAAAGCAAAGAAAAACUCCAAACAGAAAUCCCACAGCUUAUAGAAGAAAGAAAACAGAUCCAAGAAAAAAUCAAAGAGCUCAUUGAGAAGAAAAAACAAGUCAAUGACGAAUUUUAUAGGCUACCCUUUAAAAAAACCGCUGAAAAUUUAUUUUUCCUAUAGAAUUAUUUUUUUAAUAUAAAUAAAUUAUUAAAGAACUUACUGUAAUUUUUCAUGAUACCCAAAUUUUAUGAAGAAAAAAGAAAAUACAAUGAACAAAGGCAACAAAUUCAGUAUAUAGAAUGGGCUACAAAAAUAAAGGAAAAAUUAAUAAAACAAGAAGAAUAUAAGAAAGCUGAAGAAGAAAGGAAAAAAUAUGAAGAAGAAAAUAAGCCUCAUCCAUAUGAAAAAGAAAUUACACAGUGUGAGAAUUUUAUUGCUUAUCUUCAGAGACUUGUACCAAAUGAAGAAGAAAGCAAAGAAGAAAGUAAAGAAGAGACAAAAGAUGAAUUUUUAGCCAAAAAAGAACAAAGAGGAGCUCAGGAAAGUGAGCAGUGGUUUGGGCAAGCUAAGAAAAAGACCAAGAAAAAGAGAGAAAGAGGAAGAAAGAAAGAAUCAGAGCCAUUGUUGGCAUUGCCGAUUGAGCUUUUGAAUUUCUUUUCAUUCGCUGGAAUCAAAGUGCCUACUAAAUCUGAAGAACUUUCCUCUACCAUUGAAGAGCUCGAGAAAAAGCGAGAUUACUUCGAGUCAUUAGAAGAAAGAGUUGAAACAAAAGAAGAAAAAACUAAUGUAAAAGCCAAGCCAGCUCAGCCUGAAAUCAAACCUACAGAUUUCCCAGCACCUAUUGAAAGCCAAGUUAAAGAAGAAUACGGAAUUUUCAAAGAUGACGGGCCUGUACCCAAAAAAGAAGAAACCAAGCAAACAAGAGGUAGAAGGAACUUCAAGAGAGGUAACUAA